CAUUUUCCGAUCUUUGCGGCCCUGGCCGUCAGUGUGCAGCAACAGACCUCACAGUCCUUCCGUGGACCCUUGCUCCUGGUCCGAUCUGUGGACUUAUAAUGGCGAGGUUCUGGGUCUGCGUGACGGGUGCCGGCUUCUUUAUUGUUUUUUUGACUUUGUACUCGCGAUUUUGUGGCUUGCCCGUGUUCAGGAACUUUGCUUUUCAAAUUUCCUGGAGAACUAAGGAGGAAAUCCCUUACCGCCUGGAUGUGGAUUGGCCUAAGCAUUCUGAAUACUUUACUGGAGCCACGUUUUGUGUUGCUGUGGACGCCCUCAGCGGAUUGGUUUAUAUAGCCCAAAGAGGGGAUAACAUCCCAAAGGUAUUAGUGUUCACAGAGGAUGGAUAUUUCCUACGAUCCUGGAAUUACACAGUUGACACUCCUCAUGGUAUAUUUGCAGUCAGUACACUACAUGAACAGUCUCUCUGGAUCACGGAUGUAGGAAGUGGAUCCUAUGGUCAUACAAUUAAAAAAUACAGUUCCUUUGGUGAUCUUGUUCAAGUCCUGGGUACCCCAGGCAAAAAAGGCACUGGUUUGAAUCCCCUGCAGUUUGAUAACCCUGCAGAAUUAUAUGUAGAAGACACAGGAGAUAUUUACAUUGUGGAUGGAGACGGAGGAUUGAAUAACAGAUUGAUCAAAUUGUCCCAAGAUUUCAUGAUGCUUUGGCUGCGUGGAGAAAAUGGAACAGAACCUACAAAGUUCAACAUACCUCACAGUGUUACAGUUGAUUCAGUUGGCCGGGUAUGGGUUGCUGACCGAGGAAAUAAAAGAAUUCAGGUAUUUGAUAAAGAGAGCGGGGAGUGGUUAGGCGCAUGGAAUAAUUGUUUCACAGAAGAGGGACCGUCUUCAGUCAGAUUUACUCCUGAUGGGAAGUAUUUGGUCAUAGCGCAGCUGAAUCUUAGCAGGCUUUUAUUUGUGGCAGCGCCCCCAGCAGGGGGUAUUGGUGACUGUUCUGUGAUCAGCGCAAUCCAGCUAGCAGAUCAAGUUUUACCUCAUCUCCUGGACAUUAGUGGAAAGACUGGAGCAAUCUAUGUAGCAGAAAUUGGAGCAAAACAAGUACAAAAAUAUGUUCCUUUCAAUAGCGAUUUCUCUUCGUCUGGCUGAUGAUGUUUCUUCUUCUGGAGAUCUUUGAAGUGAAAGUUCAUAUCCUCAAAUUCAUUGUUAAGUACUUAAAAAUAAUGUUCAAGCACAAUCAUUUGUUUACCUUUUUUUUUAAUCAUUAAGAAUCAUAUGUUUUAUUGUUAUUCUGUAACCUGGUAUUUCUUUGAAGUGCAAAAGGAUGUUUUAAUGAAAGAUUUUUUUCACUUUUAAAAAAAGUGGAGUUGGAUAAAAGGACUAAAGUCAUAGCCUGGUCAUUUGCCCUGAAGACUAAUUCUCUAUGAGGAAAAAAAAGCAGCAGCAAGUGUUUUGUAGGGUAAGGAACCAGAGGACUCUAGUUUGUUUACCUUACAGAAAAUGAACUGCCUGAGAGACCAGUCUGAUGGACUCGCUUGUGUACCCGAGUGGCUGGUCCUGAAGAUUCAACAAUGAAGCAGCUGCUUUGGUCUGUGUGUGCCUUCUGAGUAGUUCCUAGCACAGCACAGUGUCAGCCCACACAGUGUGGUGGGACAUUUCAGGGAAGUAGCAUUGCAUCUGACUGAGGGCAUCAUGGAACCACAGGGGGUGUUUGUUUGAGCUCCAGUUUAAAAACUGGAAAAGAAAACAUGGUCUAGAAAGGUUUAAAGCUGUAAACUUGCUGUGAACUUUGCUAGGUUUUCUCUUAAAGACCCAAUAUGACUGAUACUUUUAUGAAAGGGAAUGUCAGCCUUUAAACCAAAAAGGUCAGCAUUUUAAACAACAAAAUUUGGCUUUUAAGAAAAAAUGAAUGAGGUUUUCCUUUAUUAAUUUUCACAAUAUUAAUCUUAACCUUUACAUGGUUAAUGUCUAAGCACUUUACUGAAAAGAAUCUUCACAACUGCAGGAAGGAUCUUUACAACUACAGGCUCACUUCAUUGUGGGUUUUGCUUUAGAUCACCAUGACAAAGGGAAAGUUGCACUAAAGCUAGCAGGCAAUUUUUUUAUUUCCCAGUACAUAUAAAAGUUAUGUUUACACUAUAUUGUAGUUAUUAAAUAUGCAAUAGUACUAUGUAAAAAAAGUGUGUAUACUUUAAUUAAAGGUACUAUAUUGCUAAAAAAUAUUAAGGGGAUGUUGUGGCUGGGUUGGUUUUUUUUUUUUUU